AUGUCCUAUCAGCCUGGUGCCCCGCCGGCCGGCUAUGGCGCGCCGUACAAUCCCCAGCAGCCGACGCAGGCCGGUGCGACCCCCGGGGGCUACGUCCCUGGCAUGGCCCCUCCGCCGAUGAUGGGCGGCGUGGCCCCUCCACCGAUGAUGGGUGGCGGCGUGGCCCCUCCGCCGAUGAUGGGUGGCGGCGUGGCCCCUCCGCCGAUGAUGGGUGGCGGCGUGGCGCCCCCGCCCAUGCCCGGGACUCAGCCCCAACCGGUGCAUCCUGGCGCGGGUGUCCCACCACCGAUGAUGGCCCCUGGUGGGCUCCCGGCCCAGAUGAAUCGGCCUGCCCCGGCUGGUAUGGCUGUGCCGCCGAUGCCUGGUGCCCCGACGGCGGUCGCUCCGCCUCGGCCGGUCGCCAUGAAUGCCCCGCCGAUGCCUGGCUCUGUCGCUGCUCCGCCGAUGCCUGGGGCUCCGGGCACCGCUGGCGCGCCGCCGAUGCCCACCACCAUGGGCGCGCCGCCGAUGCCGGGUGCCAUGCCCCCCACUCACCACAUGCCUGGACUUGCGCAUUCUCCCUCGGCGGCCGCGGCACCCUCGCUUCAAAGUGCGCAGAAUCAGUUUGCCACCAUGUCCCUCGGCACUCAGCAGCCCCAAGCUUCCGCGGCCACCGCCACGCCUCCCCGUCCUGGGCCUCCCCCGUCAAUGGCCGGUGUCGCGGCGCCUCCUCCCAUGGCACAGUCACCGCAAGGAUUUGCCCCUGGGCAGAUGCCUGCCGCCGGGCCGCAUAGUCCCUCGGUCGGCGCCCCCAGUGGACUCUUCCCCCCAUCGACAGCUGGUGCUGCUCCGCCGCCUCUCCCCGGCCAGCAGCCUCAAUAUGGUUACCCCCAGCAGCAGCAGCCCCAGCAGCAGCAGCCCCAGCCGCCGCAGCAACAGCAGCAGCAGCAGCAGCAGCCGCAGCAGCAGCAGUCCCCUGCCGGGCAGUAUGGUUAUGCGGCGCCAGGUGCUCGCUUCCCCCCCAUGCCUGGUCAGUCGAUGCCUCCCAUGCCCGGCCAGCCGAUGCCUCCCAUGCCCGGCCAGCCGAUGCCCCCCAUGCCCGGCCAGUUGAUGCCUCCUAUGCCGGGCCAGCCGUUCCCCCACUCCCCGAGCCAUGCCCAUCCGCAGCAGCACAUGCCGCAGCAGCCGAUGCCACAGCAGCAGCAGCAGCCUCAGCCGUCUCAGCCGCAGCAGGGGGCCCGCAACGCUUCCUCGGUGGACCUGGCUCAGGUCCCCUCGCCGGUAGGCGUGUUGGCCGUGGACCAGGCCGCCCACGAGGGGCGCCCGUACUACACACGCAGCUCGGCCAAGGCCCCGCCUUUGUCCUUCACUGAGUGCAGCAUCAUUGAUGAUGGCAACUGCAGCCCGCACUUCAUUCGGUCAACCAUGUACCAAAUCCCCACCACCAGCGAUCUGCAGAAGUCCUGCAAGAUCCCCUUCGGCUUUGUGUUGCAGCCUUUCGCCGAAACUUCGAUCACCGUGCCUCUGGUUGAUCAUGGUGCCCGGGGCCCCGUCCGUUGUGGCCGUUGCCUGGCAUACAUCAAUCCCCACUCGCGCUUCGUCGACAAUGGGUCUUCCUACAUCUGUGCCCUGUGUGGUCUGAAGAAUGAAGUGACUGGCGAUUUCUACUGCAACCUCGAUGUCAUGGGUCAGCGCCUUGACCAGAAGGACCGGCCAGAGUUGUCCCGCGGUUCGGUCGACUAUGUUGCCCCGGCUGAUUACUUUGUUCGUCCCGCGGCUCCGCUUCAUAUUGUCUUUGUUGUGGAUGUUUCCAUCCAGAGCCAGACAUCUGGCGCUCUUCAGGCCAUGUGUGAUGCCAUUCGCCUGUCGCUGGACUCGCUGCCUGAGCAGGUGUCGCUGGAUGGCGAGCGCAAGCCCUCGCCUGUGCGCGUGUCUCUGGUGGCAUUCGACCGGUUUGUCUAUUUCUUCAACCUCUCGAGUGAAUCCGAGUCGUCCAUCCCCCAGAUGAUGGUGUGCAGCGACCUGGAGAACGUGUUCAUCCCCAUCCACAAGGGCAUCUACUGCGAGCCGGCCACCAGUCAGGGCCGAGCCAGCCUCCUUAGCGUGCUGGACUUCCUGCCGUCGCACUUCUCGUGCAUUGGCUCGCCACAUGCGGGCUUUGCCGCGGCCGUUGACGCGGCCCAGAAGAUUCUUGUUGAGUCCGGCGGCCGCGUUGUGGCGCAGCUCUGCUCGCUGCCGACAUACGGUCCUGGCAGCCUGCUCUCGCGCGGCGACGAGCGUUCCGUCCUCAACACCGACGGCGAGAAGGCCUGGUUCGGGCCGCAGGGCAAGUCCAAGUUCUAUGACAACAUGGCCAAGACCUUCGUCAAGGCCGGGGUCAGUUUGGACCUGUUCCUGACGUGCCCGCUGCCAUCGGCCGAUGCCCGCACGACGUCCCUCAGCAACUCGGCCCAGGUGCUGACCAGCCCCAGUGGCGCGGCCUUCAUGGACGUGGCCACCCUGGGACAUGUGCCCCUGCGGACGGGUGGUCGGACCUUCCACUAUCCCCGGUGGUAUGCGCCGCGCGAUACCAUCCAGCUGACCGAGGAGGUGGCCCGGCGGGUGAGUCAAACCCAGGGAUAUGACACCCUGUCGCGCAUUCGCACCAGCACCGGUGUGGACAUUGCCUCGUACUAUUGCGGUCUGGCGGAGCCUUCCAACUCGGAUCUGGCGGUGCCAUUGAUGGAUUCGGACUUCGCGCUGGCCAUCAAGAUGUCGUACGAUUCGAAGCUUGAUGACUCGCCGGUCAUCGUCCAGUCGGCCACCCUCUACACCACUCCCUUCGGGCAGCACCGGGUCCGGGUGCACACCUUGGCCCUGCGCACGACCACCUCCUCACAGGCGACCUUCCAGCAUGCGGACAUGGAUGCCCUGGCCGCCUACACCUUCAAGCAGGCGGUGUACAGUUGCCUGUCCGAGGGGCAAGCCGUGGCCGAGGCCAAGACCAAGCUCCUGAAGCGCGCGGCCGCCCUGUUGGCCGCCUACCGAAGCCAGUGCUCGUACCAGACCCCGGCUUCGCACCUGGUCAUGCCCGAGACCUUGAGCACCAUCCCGCCCUACCUGCUGGGCAUGUGCAAGUCCAGCGCUCUCGGGACGGCUCUCGAUGGGGAGAUGUCUGUCGACACCCGGGUGGCGGCCAUGCAUUCGGUCUUGUCGUCCGGUGUGGCGGCUCUCUUGUUGCUGCUGUAUCCGGUCAUGUAUGACCUGACGCCGCUGCUCCAGGCGCCGGGCUCGUCGCCGGCCGGAGCCGCCGGCGCCUCCGCCGACGAGAGCCCCGGGUCCCCGGCUCGUGGUCUGCCGCUGACGCGUCUGUCCAGCACCUGCCUCUCGCCGAGUGGGCUCUUCCUGUUGGACAAUGGCCAGCGUAUGUUCCUCUGGCUGGGGCACUCGGUGCCGGUGGGUUACCUGCAGCAGCUUCUCGGGGUCGACCGACCGGAGCUGGCCAGCUCCCUGAGCGAUACGUCGGCCGAUCCCCUGCCGGUGCUGGACACGCCGAUCUCCCGGCGUGUCCGGCAGCUGGUCAACAUGCGCCGAUUCCAGGCCACUGGAGGGUCGCUGUCGGCGCCGGCCGGUUCCGGGCGCUGGGCUCCGCUGCAGAUUAUCGUGCAGAAGUCCACCCGCGAGGCGCGCUUCCACGACCUGCUCAUCGAGGAUGCGUCGAAUGCCGGGCGUGCUCUGCCGCCGCUGUUGGUGGAUCUUCAUCAGCGCAUUUGCGCCGCCAACAGCAAGUAAGCAUCUCCCCCUCGGGGGAGGAGGGGCCGAGCCUCCUCCCGUGUGUCCCGCCUUCCCAGCGACGACGGGAGCCACACUCCUCGUUCUGCACCCGAGAAUGCGUGGUGUGGGCUCCUUCUCAUGUGUGGCCCCCCCCCCCUCCCCCCCUCCCC